AUGCCAUUACCCGUUGCAGUUGGCGGCAGGGCGGUGUCAGCGGAGACUCUGCCGCGAGCCAAUUGCCGAGAAGAAGACUCGGACGAUGGAAUCCCUCUCAUGCCAGUUGAGCUGUAUCAAACGAUUGGAUGGGGUGUCUGCCCACAAAAUGAAUGGCUAGUCAGGGUCACUACUGGAUACUACGAUUUGAUGGAUUUCAACAAGGGGGGGAGAGACUGCACCAUGUGCGAACUCAGAAUACAAGUCUCACUGUUGGCCAAACCGCUCUCGAAACAGUAUAGAGAAACAGUGCAUCAUUUGAAGCUCGUUGACGGUGCGAACGAUGAUUACCCACAAUUCCAACCGCAAGUUGCUGUCUCACAGGAUCGCAGGAACUUAGCUGUCUUGCUCUUUCAUCCACAUCAACAGUCCUCUGCAGUCGUUAUUCUUCAAUUAAGAAAGCCACGUUCGGAUUUGCCACCCAAAACCAGCAUGGCAAAUUCAAAAACUCCGAUGCCACUGCCCGCCUACUGCAACAAGAUUUCUUACAAGAGGCAAGCACCUGCUGUAGCCCCCAAUCCAAAUAUUGUUUCGGUAUGGGGCAUUUCAGCAAUAUGCAGCAUUCCAAAUGUUUUGCCUUCUGUCUUUCUCGCUGCAUGCAAUGAUGGAAGCCUCAUCUGGCUAGAUGCAAGGUCUUCCACCACAAUCGCAACUGGAACCCUAGCGAUUUCGUCCAAACAAUUGCCGGUAUCAUCUCUCAGUGUCUCGGCUAAAAGAUUAGAAAGAGGCUGCCUCCUUGCAGUAUCAUCGGCAACUGGGCACUGCAUUCUGGCUCAGUGGAAGCUUGAAUCUGGAACCGCUGUGCAACAGACCAAACUAGAGCGAAACAGUACCGGAGACUUGAUGGUUCGAUCACAGCUGUCUGCAAAGCAAGAGGAACACCACCAGGACUGUCGAGAUGAUCAGAAGCAAAAUCACGAUUUGGCGGAAUCAUAUAAUCCUGUGGAUACCAGCACCGAAGAUGCCUCUGCCGCCACCACCCACCACACUUCUUCGGACAACAAUGAGAAGAGCAAAGGGGAAAAUCAUCGAGCAUUAUCCAGUCGGUCAUCGACAAACAAUGAGCAACAUGAUGGUAUUCAAAAUGCAUUGAAGGGAUUGAAAAGCAAUCGUUUCUGGAGUAGUAUUGCACCGAAAAAUCUCAGCACACUUGCCAGCAACAGCACCAAUAGCAAAGCGAACACCACAAAAAACUGCCAUAGCACCACAAAUGCACAACCUAUCAACUGGAAAUCCGCAUUUUAUCAAAAUGACAAUUCCCCAGAACAGAAUACCAAAGAAGGGGUCCCGCCAGAACGAGAAAAGGAGACAACUGAACGGGAAGCGAGACAGCAGAAGAACCACAUGAACCAGUUCGUCUUGCAGGAACUUCGCAAGAGGACAACGGCAGCAAGCUGGGUGAAACGUUCAACCGGUAGAAGGGCGGGACCUCGAACGAGUUUGCAACGACGACGGCGUAGGUCAGAUGUUGCAGGUCAGCAAGAGGACCCUCUAAGGAGCAUAAUGAAUGUGGGUUUGCUGUCAGUUCUUGAACAACGAGUUGUCGCAGCUCGAUUUGGAACGAGUCCCACAGUCGUUUGCGUAGUCUAUCAGGCUGCACGGAAGCACCCACAAGUGGCGCAGAUGUUCAGCAUUUCUGAAAUUGGAACCUUGCAGCCGAUUGUAUCUCUCCAUCUUACUUCGGAGCAGAUAGAAGAAGCCAUGAGCCUUCAGUCGACCAACGCAAUUGUCUCUGAUGAAGAUUGGGACAUCAAGAAUUCAAUUAAUACAAAAUUUGGACUAGACCUUCAUAUUGAAUAUGAUACUUUUGCAAUAAGUACAGCCGUGGGGGAUCAAUGGAUUGGCUGUGUUUGGAAUUGGAGAACAAACGCAAUAGGCUUGAUCGUUCAGAAUGAAGCGAACUUAUCUCUGUGGUCUCGAUUGUAUUUUGGAAAAGAGAAACAGACAGGGCUCAAACUAUGCUACUUGGAAACGUGCAUUCAAGAUCUUCGAAUUCAAACUCACAAACAUCUUAUCACUGCUGGAGUGCUUUCACCGCCCAACUCUCGAGCGAUUCAAUUAGAGUCAUGUCCGCUUUUCUUAGCAGCAGACUUUGUUGCAUUUCCAUAUUUGUCUCAUGAAAUUAACAAUGGAACGCAACAGCUUGCAUGGAAAUCUUCGACCCUGCCACUGUCAUACAUCAAUGCUUAUGGAGCUCCAAAAUUUGCGGCUGUUGGGAGGCAAAAUAGUGCAACAAUCGCGAUUGCCUCAUCGUCUGGGGUUUGCUUGCUGGACAACAAAUAUCGCUGGAAACAGUUUGGCACGCCAAUUGAAGAAAGCUCUUUCUCGAUUAUCUUGAUGGAAUGGUGGGAAGGGAAUGGCACGAAAAAGUCGGAAGAGAACGAAGACCUCCUCGUUACAAUAAUUGAAUUGAGAAGUGGAAAGCAGUACCUCUCAUGUUGGUCACCAAAGAGACUUGGCACAAGCCAUCAGCUCCUUGUAUCGGCAUCUCCAGAUACAGGUACCGAGACCAAAUGGGGCAUCCCGUUGGCAGAGGAUGUAAAGGUGUCAUCAUUGAUGCUACUUGCAGAGCCUUCUUCAAAAAGCGAUGGAGCACAACAAGCAAGGAAGGCAGUGGUGUUUGUGGCUUCGACAGAUCCCGAAGCAUCUGAAUUAGUUUACACCACUUUUCAGCUGCAGCUAAGCACACCUCUCAAAGGCAGGUCUGAGAAAAGGUCCAAUUCAGUACUGACCAGUAAAACAAUUUCUGGCAUCCUCAAGGAUGGCACAAGAUCUAUUGGACCCAUAUCUUCUAUUUUCCUUGCUGGUGCAUCCUUUCGCUUUGAUCUCCAAGAUCGAUGUACAUCAACAUUGGCAAGCUCUCUUGUAGCCACCGUUGGUGUAGUCCGCUCGCCUGGAGGCCUGGAGGUAAUAUCAUAUGAUGCUAGGAAUACAGCAUGCCAGUCUACACUUGUCCACACCGAUGAAUUAUCAAAAAUUUCACUAGUAGAUGUUGUCCAUGGGGCUGAUCGUCUUGUCGAUACUUUCGUGUGGGCGAUUGAGCUUCUAAAUGGUGAAAUAUUCUGCUGGUCGGUUCCAUCCCUUCUAGGUGCUGAAAUCGACGAAACACUUGGUUUUUACUCAGUACCCAUUGAAAAUGAUACUUUAAAACCAAGUGUACUGCACCCACCCGUGCGUGUUUGCAAACGCGAUCGCCGAAACAAAUUGAUGCGAUAUGCAAUGGGCAAUCUGUCUCAUGCUGGAUCAUCUUCAGAUUGGAUGCAGCGAUCUGCAGUUGGUUGCCAGUCCGAUAUGUUUGUUGGACCAAUUCCCCAUUCAACUUACGAUUGCGGGCUCCGUACAGGGCAACGUUGUAGGAAAUAUCGCAGGGCUAAUUUAUAUGGUACUUCUGAUGACAGUUAUGCAGCCGAUAUAAAUGUUUCAGAAUCGGACGGUCCCAGUAACUUCAUGAUCACCCCUCCUGCAUUUGUACCAUCCCUAUAUUCAAUGCAUGUUGAGACAGCAUAUCGACGUAUUCGGAUGGCUCAACCUGAUGACUCCAACAUGUCUCAAGAGUUGAAAGAAGAUAAAGCAAGAAUAUUGAGCAUUGAGCGACACAUACAUAACCGGAUGACAACCAUUCAAAACAAGGACGCUGUGACCAUGACACUAAGACUUUUUGUUCUGCGUACGGUUGAAAUGGUCGCAGACUUGCACAAGAGACACGGAAAAGCACCGACAGAUGCAUCCCAAGCUUUUCUUUUGGUAGCAACUACUGUUCUUUCUGAAGUUAUUGAGUCUGUUCGAAGAUUCGCUACUGAUCUGCAGUUUGCUUCCCUCUUCCUUGAGGUUGGGAGGCAAAUGGAACCCAGCUGUCUCCCCCAUUUAUUUCUACCCCCACCGUCGGAAAGAUCAGCUUCUGCAAGCCAGUCAAGUCUUCAAGCUGCUAUGUCUGUUGCAGAUUUGUUUGGCAAAACGGCUCUCUAA